AUGGGUUCAAUCCAGGGUCCCAGUGCAGGCCAUACGGCAGAGUCGAAUCGCAAGGUCAUUGUCGCGGGUGCCCAGUUGGGCCCGGUCAAUGUCGACACCCCACGAUCCGAGGCGAUGGAUCGCAUGCUCAAGUUGAUGGAUGAGGCGCACCAGAAACACGCCAAGUUGAUUGUCUAUCCUGAAAUCGCGCCCGUGACCUUCUUCCCUCGCCAUAUCCUCGAGGGCGAUGAGCUGGAGCAAUAUUUCGAGCAGGAAGUAGAUGGGGACGCGACCAAGGUCCCCACCAUCAAACCUCUCUUUGACCGCGCUCGAGAGUACAAGAUGGACGUGUACUUUGGGUAUGCAGAACACGCCGCAGAGUCGGGCCCCAGCGAACAUGUCCAUUAUAACACGGCUGUCUACUACUCCGGCGAGGCAGACAAGAUCAUUUCGAAAUACCGCAAAGUCCACCUCCCCGGGACGUUUGAGCCCUAUGAGCGGAAAGACGCGACCAACCAGCUGGAGAAGAGAUACUUUCUCCCGGGAAAUCUGGGCUUCGAGGCCUUUCGGGCGCCUGGAUUGGUCCCCGAUGUGCUGAAGCAAAAGUCGGGCGCAAAAGCCAACGAGGCCGACAGUCUGGGCAAAGGCGACCCCAUCGUCGGCAUGCUCAUCUGCAACGACCGACGGUGGCCAGAGUCAUGGAGGCCGUAUGGCUUGCAGGGGGCGGAGCUGGUUCUGUGUGGAUAUAAUACGACCGCCUGGGCGCCGGAACUGAUUGGGACCAACAAGAAGAUCUCGAGCCCGGAAAAGGCAAAGGCAGAAGCUCUGUUCCACAACAAGCUAUGCAUCACGUACAACAGCUAUGCCAACUCCUGUUUCAGCAUCAACGUGGCCAAGUGCGGCGUGGAGGACGGCAAGUAUCCGUUAAUUGGCGGGAGCUGCAUUGUCGACUGUGACGGGGAGGUGGUGGUAGAGGCGCAGACGGAAGACGACGAGCUCAUUGUGGCCGAAAUCGACCUGGGCAUGUGCCGCCGCGGGAAGGAGAAGGUGUUUGCGUUUGAGAAGCACCGGAGGAUUGAACAUUACGGGCGGAUUGCAGAACAGACGGGAGUGGUUGAGCCAGAUCUGCUGUGA